AUGGAUGUAACAACUUUUUACGGGAAACGUAAAAAUCAGGUAGUUAUCCUGCCUCCCGAGGAUCCCACCCUAUCCGAUGCUGAUUUUUCUGACCUCGACGAUGAUAAUGACCUCACCACUACUGCCGCUGAAACCAGUUUGUCUGAAAAUACGGGUGAUGUUGGAAGGAAUCACUUACUUCCUUCUGAAGUUUUAGAAGAGGAUAGUGAUGGAUUUGAUGAUGAAGAUUUGAUUCCAUUAGCCCAACUUCGUUCACAGUUCAACUUUGUUGGAAAACUUCUGGGACCCAAGGGUAACUCCCUGAAAAGGCUACAGGAAGAUACUAUGUGCAAAAUGGCCGUGCUAGGACGGGGCUCCAUGAAGGACAGGCACAAGAUGAUGACCUAA